GAGGAGAAGAAGACGAAGAAGACGAUGGCGGAACCAACAGUCAGAGUGUCUGGAAUAGUUUUAGCCUCGUUACUUUUUCACCACAUUAACUCUGAUUCUGACGCGGAAGGUUUCAUUCUUGGAGAGAGCAAAGUUGAAGAGCAGGUUUCCAUCAGUGACAGUCAAGUUGAUCACAUUUACAUUGAGGAGAUCUGCAAUAUCCAGAAACAUGUGGCCUGUCACCACCUCAACAACUUCUAUAACGGUGCCGGAGAGCUGGACCUUACCUCCUUACAGGAUCUCCUGGCCCGCAGUCAGCAGGAACGUGUCAUUGGCUGGUACAGACAGCGAAGGAACACCGCUCUGCAGAUGACCUUCAGAGAAAAGCUGGUCCACGAGAAGCUGAAGACCGAGCUCUCCAACCCUCAUAUGAUCUUUGUGCUGCUGACGCCCACCAGGCUCACCUCAGCGGGCUCCACCUACAGCACCGAAUACACCGCCUUCGUGUCACGUGACGGGCACUUCAUGAAUGUUCCUGUGCUGGUCAACAACUUGGGUUUGCUGGAACAGUCGCCCUACUGGAAGGUGUCGACCUCAUGCUCAGCGUCCGGGUUCAACCUGACCAUGAACAAACAUGGGUCAAAGUUCUUCUCCUCAAACGGUUUGCUAAGAGAAGUAAACGAAGUGAACAAAAUGAACGACUCACUGCAGUCUGAGUUACAGACGGCGUGCAGGGCUGUGGAGGAGAGCGAGCGACUGGUGGAGGUGCUGCAGGAAGAUGUCUCAGUUCUAAGGAGAAGACUCCAAGAACACCAGCAGGAUGGACGUGGAGACGCAGAUGAUCGGAAGCAACGUGAGCCAGAGAAGAACCUGCUUCUGCACAGCACCAUGAAAACGCUGUUCACCUCAUCGCCACACUUCCACACACACACUUUGUCUGCCGACGGCACUCCGGUGCCUGAUAACUCCUGGUGAAGAAGGUUCCGGCAUACUGUCACAUUCAGAAGAACUGCACUCUGAAGACUCUCAGCCACACUGAUGUCCACCAACACCACCCUCUGAAGAUGGAACCACAAAAAAAAAAAAAAAAAAAAUCAGCUGUUGAGGUCAUCUUCCAGAGUGUCGAGCCGUCGUCCGUGGUAACUAACAGACACAACAUAUGGACACACAGUGAUCACCGGAAGUGCAAGACCUCACACCUGAAGGACUACCUCCUCCCCCACCCAC